AUGACAGAUUCUCCGUCGCCAAUCGAUUCAUCGCUCGACUAUUCAGAUGUCGCGACACCAUGCACUGUUAUUGCGGCGAAAUGUAGUAUUAGAAAUCAAAAAGAUUUGGAAAACGAAGAAGAUGAUUUAGAAAACCAAGAAGAUUAUACUGAAUCCUUUCAACAACAGGAAGGCGAUAGUGUUGAACAAGAAGAUCUCUCGCAUAUUUAUGUAGACGAUCUUUCGAAAGAUUUUAGUGAUGCUGCUUCGUCUGUUAUGGAACCACUUCCAAAACCGCACACAUUUGCUAGAACUAUUACGAAGGUCUACUAUCACUUAGAUGAUGAGACGGUGCCGUACAUGGUUGACGUUCAUGUUCCGCCGGACUGUAUCACCUUGCGUGACGUGAAACGGAAAUUACCUAGAACAAAUUUCAAGUAUUAUUGCAUAGCUCUUGAUCCCGAAUCCGGAAGAGAAGUAAAAGCCGAAAUUCGGGACGAUUCUCAGCGACUGUAUCCAUUGAGAUGUGGGAAAUUUGAGUUGUACUUGCUCACUGUCGAAGGAUCCGUUCAUUCGGAUACAAGUUCCGGACGGCAUAGAAAAAAACAUCAAACUUCUUCCAAAGGAAGUAGUAGCUCGAGAGAAUAUCAAAGAGCAGCUCACCACUAUGAUAAUCCCACGCCUUACUCAGAUAACGAAUCGCAGGCUUCAUCGAUUCCAACAUAUGUAAAGAAGGCGCACGCAUUCAACAGACGACAAGCUUCACAGGCUUAUGAUCGUCAUCAACCACGACAUAGGCUUCAUGAACGUCAUCAUCAGAAUCACUAUGACGAUUCGACAUUUGAUGUAACAACAGAAUCAGAUGAUCAUUAUCGGGACGGUGUGACUUACUAUGAUGAGGAUGAAGACGAUAGCCGGUCUAUCAACACCGACCUCACAUCAGUAUCACAAAUACAUUUAAAACAGAGAUGGAAACAGCAACAACAAAGAGAAGCAAGAAACAAAUGGAAGAGAAUGCCUUCUAUGUCGACAGCAUCAUCUUCUUUGUCGAGCAUUACUGAAUCGUCGAUGGGACUUGAGCUGCUCACUGUUCGACUCAAUCUCCAAACAAUGCCUCUUGGUAUGGUUCCCUAUGGUCUGAAAACUGCUCGAGGAGGUGAUGCAGGGCUUUAUGUUGGCGAUAUUCUUGAUCGUGGAGCAGUGGCGUUGGACGGAAGGAUUGACGUCGGAGAUAUGAUCUCAGAAAUUAAUAACAUCGAUCUCUCGAACUACUCAAACGAAGCAGCGGCUCAACUUUUGAGAGAUGCAGUUGCGCCUCGUCAGUUUGUUACUUUGACAAUUGCAAAAUCGAUUGACUCCCGUAAAGCAGUUGCUGCCGCGUUCACUAAGAAUACACGUGCUGAACCAACACGUCCUAUCGAUACGAAUGAAUGGCUGAAACAUGCUACGAAUGCGAUGAAAGCAAUGCCUAGUAUCUCAGAAGAAAGUUGUUCUACUCCAAUUCCUGAUGAAUGGCCAACUAACAGUUCAGCAAGUGGAACACCAUUCGGUGGGCCUCCACCUCCAUCGAUCGCUUGUAUGAACACUUCAACCAACAAGAAGUUUGUCGUUGAAGUGAUGGCAGCGCCUGGAUCAGGUCUUGAAAUCAAGGAUCGAGAGUGGCUAAAAAUCCCUAUCCCUAUGUCUUUCUUAGGCAAAGAUUUGGUUGAUUGGUUGCUGGACCACAUUCAAGGUCUACGUAAAAGAGGAGAAGCAGGAAAGUUUGCCGGAGAAAUGCUGAAACUUGGAUAUAUUCAACACGUUCUGAAUAAAAACAAGUUUUCGGAAAACUGCUAUUACAUUAUGGGAGAGGAAUGUGCUGACUACACUCAACUUCGUGCGCCUGAUGGAGGGUUCAAAUACGCCCAGAGUCAGACAUCAUCUGCAUCAGCCCAUAGUAGCAACAAUAACAUCUUCCCUCCAUCAAUGUAUCCUUCUCAAACGCAGCCGUCAUCAGCAGCUGGCGUCAAUGCUCAUCACCGGAAUUCAGCUAUUUUGAAUUCGAUGGUCAGCGGUUAUGCGUCAAUGCCAUCAUCGCCUUUUCCAAAUUCGAAACCAGCUGUUGGUGAUUGUGGUAGAACAAGAGAUGAUCAACGCAGUCAAACGAGCGGCAGUAGUCAAGGAAGUUCUAGAAGAUACGUCGAACUCCCUCGCAAACCGGCCUCACUUGGAAGUGGGUCUGGAAUAAGUGAUCAAAUCAAUAUGGAUCGCGUAGCUUCAAGAAGUUCUUUCCGUGCUGCAAUGAGUGGAAGUCUUCGUCAUUUCAACAUUGAUAAUUAA